AUGGAAAACGGCGUUGAUGAGAAGGGUCACACGGCAGCAAAGAAAACCCUGGAGAACGCGCCGCCAAGGAACGACGUCACUACCGACAUGGAGGUUGAGACCAAAGAUGUUGUAAUUAUUCAAGAAGACGUUAAACUGAAGCCUGAAAAGGAAGUCGAAAGUGAAGCUGACGUAGAAAACAGGGAAAUGGAUGUCGACAACAGGGAUACAGAUGUAGAAAACGUUGAGGUGAACAUGGUCGAGGAUUCGGCUAGUGAAGAGGAUGACAUCUGCACCCCACCCGAUGCUGCUAUGGAGGUGAACGUCUCUUGCGAUGACGAAUGCGCAGAGCGUAUGAAGAAAUUUGUCGACUUGCCACGAUGCGAAAGCGACUAUAUGACUGAGGAAGAGGACGAUCCAGAUGACCUUUAUAAGCCGGAAGGCACUAUCUACCUCGACAUUGAUGGGUUUAGUCAAUUUUGUAAAGGAUCACCCGAAACUCAACAACGUCUCUCGAAGCCUGUGUUUGUUCGAGGUCUUCCAUGGAAGAUCUUGGCGAUCCCAAGGGAUGCGGCGAGAGUCGGCACAGGAACUCGGCCUAACAAAGCGCUUGGUUUCUUCCUGCAGUGCAAUGGAGACUCUGAUGCUGUCGCGUGGAAUUGCAUUGCGUCAGCAUCAUUGAAGGUUCUUGGUCAAGUUGAAGGUUUUGAUGAUCAUUCCCGGCGGAUAACUCACACAUUCUAUCCAAAGGAGAAUGACUGGGGGUACUCACAGUUUUUAACUUGUGAUGUGAGCCAUCUAAUAAAUCCAGAUAAUGGUUUCAUAAAGGAUGAUACUAUACGCUUGGUAGUUCAUGUUUCAGCGGAUGCUCCGCACGGUGUACAAAGCAAUCUGCCUCAAUGUUUACUGAACUCUUUCAGAUGGGACAGUAAAAAACAUGCUGGUUAUAUAGGACUCAAAAAUCAGGGAGCUACAUGUUACAUGAAUUCUAUUCUUCAAACUUUAUAUUUCACCACGAAAUUAAGGAAGGUUCGUCCGACUUUUUUUGCUACUGUGGCCACAUUUCAGGCAGUUUACGACAUGCCAGUAUCACAGGAUGAUUCAGAAAAUAAUGUUGCCUUGGCUAUGCAGCGGGUAUUCUAUGACUUGCAGCAUUCGGACCGUCCAGUGGGUACCAAGAAGCUCACUAAGUCAUUUGGAUGGGACUCAUUAGAGACGUUUAUGCAGCAUGAUGUACAGGAAUUGUGUAGAGUACUUCUCGAUAAUCUUGAGAGUAAGAUGAAGAAGUCACCGGUAGAGGAAACAAUUCCAAGUCUGUUUCGUGGUAUUAUGAAGUCCUAUAUCCGCUGUACGAAUGUCAGCUUUGAGAGUAGCAAGGAGGAACCCUUCUAUGACAUUCAACUGAAUAUCAAAGGGAAAAAUAACAUUAUGCAAUCAUUUCGAGAGUAUGUCCAAGUUGAACGUUUGGAUGGCGAGAACAAAUACGAUGCUGGUGACUAUGGUAUGCAACCGGCUGAAAAGGGUGUGAAAUUUGUUUCCUUCCCACCUGUUCUGCACCUGCAGCUGAUGCGUUUCCAGUACGAUGUCACUCGUGACGCCAACAGGAAAAUCAAUGACAAGUUCGUAUAA